CAAGUCUAUGUCAUUUGUGUAGUUUGAGUGUUUUGAACUUUUGGAUAAUGAAAUAGAUUCUUGCUCGAUUUAAUAAACAAAAAAGAAUUUAUGUUUUAUAAAUAAUAAAAUGUUCAAAUUUAUGAAGUUUUACUAUUCGCUGUCUUUGUCCUACUCGAGGUUGUAAAACCUUUCUAUACAUAUUGUUAUAACAAAACGUUUUCUGGUUUGUAAAGUAUCUUAGAGAUAUGUAAGAGGUUAUGGAAAAUAUAAUUAAACAGUUGCUUCUGUCAUUGAUAUUAUUAUAUCCUAUGAUAUAAACAGAAAAAUAACAGCAGAAGUAUGUAAAGGAAAUAUGCGUGUAUGUAUAUUAUAAAAUUCAUUUAAGCAGAUGACAGAUUCUUCGAAGAUGGAUUCAAAUAAACAAACACAGGAAUUUAACAAUGCUCAAAAUGACACAGGAGAAUCUGAAAAUUCUGAUUCGAUAGAGGUUGACAAUUCACGUACAGUUCUAUUAAAAAUAGCAACAUUAUAUGCUGAACGUCUUAUGAAUGAUAUUUGUCUUGUUGUUGAUGGUAUAGAAUAUCCAGCACAUCGUCUUAUAUUGUGUGCUUCUAGCGAUGUUUUCCAAGUAAUGUUAAUGAGUCCACAAUGGAGCGAGUCUCAAGAAAGUAGAGUAACUCUUCAAGAAACACCUCAAUGUGUACCUAUAUUUAGUGAAUUUUUGCGCUACUUUUAUACUGGUCAGAUAAGAAUUAAUUAUGGAGUUGUCCUACCAAUAUUAUCUUUAGCAGAUAAGUAUAAUGUUAAGGAUUUAAUAUCAUUGUGCCUUGAUUACAUGCAAAAUCAUAUUGCACUAGCUGCCACACAUGGCACUGUAGUAUCAUGGUUUCAGUAUACAUCAAACUGUGGUCAUCACAAUAUUACUCAAGCGUGUCAAAAUUUUAUCAAAUGGAAUUUGGAAUUGGUUGCUAAGACUGCAGAUUUUGCAAAUUUUGAUUUAGAUAUUCUUGUAUCGUUACUACAUCAAAGUAGUUUAGUAAUAAAGGAUGAAAUGACGUUAUACAAGUGCCUAGAAUCCUGGUUGGAUCAUCAGGCAAAUCGUUUGAAAACUCAGUUGUCGCACGAUGAGUUAGAAGCUACGUUGAAACAAUUAGUAAUAGCUGUAAUGUCUCCUGUUAGAUUUCCAAUGAUGUCUCCUCGACAAUUGGCAGAAUUACUUUUAUUUCCGUUAACAAAAAAAUAUAAAGAAUUCUUUGUAGAACGUAUGUCAAUAGGAAUGUCAUUUCAUUCAGGUCAGUUGGAUCGAGUUAGAGAAGUAAGUUUAAACGAAGAGGAUGGCGCGUUACUUUUUGAACCAAGACUAUAUACCGUAGACACUUGUAGUUCGUUACUUACUAUCGAAAAUUUUCAUUGUUUACCCUCUUAUCACACCAGAACCCUUGUGUUUUCAAGUCAUUCGUGUUUAGCUGAGUAUGCUGGUGAUCGUGCGUGUGAAUGGGUCGUUGAUAUAUAUCCAAAGGGUGUUUGGUUUAAAAAGUUUUUCUUAAUAGUAUGGCAAGGAACGGUAGAAAUGCCUGAACAUGUGAAGCGAUCGGUAAGAUUAUCGCUUACGUGCAAGGAACCUCCGGUAAAUAGUGAUACUGAUAUGCGGGUGAAAAUAGGUGUGUUAAUUUAUGGACUACAAGAUGGUGUUGAGCAUAUUACGAGAGUAACCGAAAUCAUUCAUAGAUUUAGUAAAAAAGAACGUGUUCUCAAUUUAGACGAUCUUCUACCGUUUGAAGAAUUAAAUCCUCAGCAGGAAUCUGUACAAGAAUAUACGUCUCCUUUUUUAGUAGGUCCAAAUAAAGAUAUGCUCAAAUUGCAUAUUGUUAUAUCACCAGCCAAUUAGUUUAUAGAUCCUUUAUAUUGUAUUAAAUAGAAUUUCCAAUUUUUAAAUAUUGGAAUCUAGUAAAAAAUUGUCUGUCAGAUUCGUAUAUUUUUGAUGUAUAUACAUAUAUUUAGAAAUUUAAGUUUUUUUUCCCGCUUUUUUUUAACAGUUUAAUGUUAGAUUAAAGUAAAGUUUUAGAUUUAAAUUGUUAUAUAUGAAAAAGAUCGUAUAAUAAAAUAAUAGAUUUAAGUGUACUAUGUAUUUUAACUGCAUUUAUUUAGUAACAAUUUUUAACAUAAUAAUAAAUUGAAAAAAUAAUGUAGCAGUAAUCCUGGCGUUCACCGCCAGAGGGAUCAUACUUGGCAGCUAUAUACAUUUACUUUCUCACAAGUCCCUAUAUAUCUAUCCAUCACAUAUGUAUAUAAUUAAGCAUUGAAAAUAUGUACUUCAUGUAAAAAAAGUCUGUUAAGAAUAUUUUACACUUCAGAUUAUUUUUAUAUGUAAUGAAUGUAAAACAGAUGCUCAUUAGUAUAUUUGAGUAAUGGUAGGUUAAGAUAUAUGUUUCCAAUAAUGUCUACUUUAAAUUAAAAGAGUUUUAAUUUUAUGAUAUAAAUUAAAUAGUGAAAUAAUAAUAGGCAAUUAUAAAACUGAGUGUUUGUAAAUUUUAUGUUACAAAAUUGAGGAGAUUUAAUUUUUGAAUAAAUUUUUCAUACAAUA